AUGUCCAGGCAAUCCACAGUACAGGCUACACCGCUCUUUCAUGCAGCGGUCACGUUUCCAUGUGGUUCCUUCAUUCAGUUUCCAGGGCUUCUCAAACAGGUGGAUGCUGGAGGUGAUCAGAUCAUUGCAGGUGUCAAUAUGAAUGAUGAUAUAUUCUGUUUAAAUAUGGAUGCUAAUGACAAAUGGCCAUCCAGCACCACUCCUUGGGUUCAAAUGAAUGGAAAGCUGAAGUAUUACACCUGUGGCCCGUACAGCUGUUGGGGAGUGAACAGCAGAACUGGAGUCACUCUCUCCAACCCUGUUGGCACAGACUGGAUCUCAAUGGUUGCCUGUCCCAAUGGCCACAAGCAUGUGAGCUUUGACCUGGGAGUGCUCAACCCUGUUGGCACAGACUGGAUCUCAAUGGUUGCCUGUCCCAAUGGCCACAAGCAUGUGAGCUUUGACCUGGGAGUGCUGUGGGUCGUGUGUGUUGACGGCUCCAUCCGUAAAUGUACUUUAUAAUCUGUCACUGCAGCAACAGAGGAGCUCAAGCAUUAAGAGAAACCUCAAAGUAAUCAGUCAAAGUGAUUGUAAUCGAAAUAAUAAUUAUCAAAGUAAUCAGUCAUUAUGAACAGAAAACUAAAAGCUUGAUUAUACUUUAUUUUCUUCUCUUUUUCUUGCUGUGGAACCAAUAAAGCAUUAUG